AAAACAUAAAUCAACAAAUUUCAAAGGGGUGUUGGAAUUUAUUAACAAUUAACCUUUUUAGUUUUAUUUAACUAACAAAUUAAUAAUUUAACUUAAGUAAAUUGUUAUUUACACAGAAAAAAUUGAAGUGUGUUUUCAAUUACCAAAAUCACACUUUCAAUUAUUUUUUUUAUUAAAGUUCAACCUAUAACAAAAAUUGUGUUAUAUAUAUAAUUAAUUUUGAACAUUAAACUAUGAAUUACUUCUAAAAAGUGAAAAAAACCUUUCAUGUUUGAAUGUUAAUACUGCCUAAACUUUAAAAAAAUUUUUUAACACAAAAAUUAAUUUAUAAAACAACUGUUAAAUGCAACCUUUUAUUGUAAUACGCAACUACCGGGAUGAUGAUGAACUUAAAUGCCAGGAGCUGGUGCGUGAUUAUAUCAUGUCAUUUGCCACAAAAUCAUUUAUUUGCUUUUGCUUUCGAGAGAUUACAUUGCAGUUUAUUGUUAUAACUUGGGCUAUUUUGUUUAUAUUUUUGGGUGUUCCAUUAACAUUUUGCUCGUUAACUAUACCUGGUUGUAUAUUUUUCUUAUUUUCUGGAACAUAUUUUUCUUUCUAUGCAAAAGCAGUGGAGUUAAUGAGGACCAAACCUAAUCAGUCUUUGGUGGCUGAAUGUUAUGAACCAUUUAUAUUUCGUUUAAAGCCAACGGAAUGUACAUACCAAAUAUUUUUGGAUGACGCUCCCUAUGAGCAGAGCUUUAAAAAUAAAUUCCGUAAAAAGAUAAUAGCUUGUGUUAGUGUUAAAAAUCAUAAAGAUGUUUAUAAUGCUGCUUGGAUCUAUAGAUUUGCUGUGGCUCCCGGUUAUCCCUUACAAAAGAUAGCCGAACCUAUGAUUAGUUUAGUUUCAAAGAAUUGUGUUCAACAGGGUUAUGCUACCUUGGAGUGUACCAUGUCUGAAUGGCAAGAAGAAGAGCGCGAUUUUUAUGAUGGUUUGGGCUUUCUGACAAGACAAAUUUACCACAAACAAAUUAUUGGCAGCAGCCUAACCGUUAUGAAAACUCAACUAACUUAUGACUUGAAAACCGACGAUACUUUACAAAAACAAAACUAAAUAGUUAAGGCUUCAGUAAUUAUGUUUCUAAAGGAGCCAGCUAAAGUAUACAGCACGAAUUUAUAGAAUCUCACUUCUACACAUUCCAUUUUUUAUAUAAUAUUUACACAGACUAAACAACACACUCACUAUUUUACUAUUGUAGAUUUUUACAUACAAUGCUAGAAAACAACAGAAACAACAAAAUUACAAAGAAAUCUUCCUUUCGAAUAAAUAGUUUUUAUACCUUAAAUAGUAUAUAAAUAGAAUAAAAAGGUGUUUUAUUUAAUGUCAUGAUAAUUCCUUACAGAAAUUAACUGCUCUUUUAAGAAGGCGUGGUAAAAGUGGUUUAUUUACAGGCGGAAGAAAAGGGUGUGUUAAAAAAGUUGUUUACACCCUACACCACUAUUGUGGGGAGGGUAUCAUGCGUUUGUGUUGAUGUUUGUAACACCUACAUCCACCUUAAAGUAUACCAAUCAGAAUUACUUUCAGAUGCCCGUCUAUGCAUCCAUGUAAACUUUUUGCGCACGCUACAGGUCGCAAUUUUCAAGAUAAUUUAAUGAAAUUUGGCAUGUA